GUCACCUUAGCGAGGGGGGCGUGGAAGAGCGUCGCGAGGAACGCUGGGAAACUCCCCGCGUCCGCCACCAUCUUGGCUUUUCCUUAAGCCGGCCGUGACCGUGGGUCAGAGCAAGUUUGAACCAUGAAGCUGCUGAGCAGAGCCGGGCCCCUCUCGAGAUUCUACUCCCUCAAAGUUGCUCCCAAAGUGAAGGCCACGGCGGCCCCUGCAGGAGCGCUUCCGCAGCCUCAGGACCUAGAGUUCACCAAGCUACCAAACGGGUUAUUGAUUGCUUCUCUGGAAAACUAUGCUCCUGCCGCCAGAAUUGGCUUAUUCAUUAAAGCUGGCAGUAGAUACGAGGACUCAAACAACUUAGGCGUCUCUCAUUUGCUGCGUCUGGCAUCCAAUUUGACUACAAAAGGAGCUUCAUCUUUCAAGAUAACCCGUGGAAUUGAAGCAGUUGGUGGUAAUUUAAGUGUGACUUCGACACGGGAAAACAUGGCCUACACUGUGGAGUGCCUGCGGGAUGAUGUUGAUAUUCUAAUGGAGUUCCUGCUCAAUGUCGCCACAUCACCAGAAUUUCGUCGUUGGGAGGUAGCCGCCCUUCAGUCUCAGCUAAGGAUUGACAAAGCUGUGGCUUUUCAGAAUCCACAGGCUCGUGUCAUUGAAAAUUUGCAUGCUGCAGCUUACCGAAACACCCUGGCUCAUUCCUUGUAUUGUCCUGAUUAUAGGAUUGGAAAAGUGACACCAGAUGAGUUACAUCACUAUGUUCAGAACCAUUUUACAAGUGCAAGAAUGGCUUUGAUUGGACUUGGUGUGGGUCAUCCUGUGCUGAAGCAAGUCGCAGAACAGUUUCUGAACUUGAGGGGUGGGCUUGGUCUGUCUGGGGCAAAGGCCAGAUACCGUGGAGGUGAAAUUCGAGAACAGAAUGGAGACAGUCUCGUCCACGCUGCUUUUGUAGCAGAGAGCGCGGCCACAGGAAGUGCGGAAGCAAAUGCAUUCAGUGUUCUCCAGCAUGUUCUCGGCGCGGGACCGCAUGUCAAGAGGGGCGGCAAUGCCACCAGCGCGCUGUACCAGGCCGUUGCCAAGGGCGUUAACCAGCCAUUCGACGUUUCUGCCUUUAAUGCCAGUUACUCGGACUCCGGACUCUUUGGGAUUUACACCAUCUCGCAGGCUGCAGCUGCUGGGGAUGUCCUCAAGGCUGCCUAUGCCCAAGUGAAAACAAUCGCUCAGGGAAACCUGGCCAGCGCAGACGUCCAGGCCGCCAAGAACAAGCUGAAAGCUGGGUACCUGAUGUCUGUGGAGUCUUCGGAGGGUUUCCUGAAUGAAAUCGGGUCCCAGGCUCUUGAUGCUGGUUCCUACGAGCCGGCGUCCACGGUCCUUCAGCAGAUUGACUCAGUAGCUGACGCUGACGUCAUAAACGCUGCAAAGAAGUUUGUUUCCGGCCAGAAGUCCAUGGCAGCAAGUGGAAAUUUGGGGCACACACCUUUUGUUGACGAGUUGUAACACUGAAAACACGCCUCAGGGAAAGAGCUGGACGUUUUCUCAGCCCAGAGCAUCAAACAUGAAAGAAGUCUCUGAUGUAACAUUUGCCUUUUUUUCAAUGAAGUGAAAUAACUUAAAAAGUAUAAAUGCAGGUAAUUGUUCUCAGCUGACCUAAAGUCAAUAAAACAUUCUGUUUAAA